GUCAAUAAAAUUUUGAUGGCCUAUAAUCUUUAUAGUCUCUUAUAAUCCUCUUCUCUCAAAUUCCACAAUAGAAUCCCAAAUGGAGAGAAGCAGAAGUGCUCAUUCAAGCAGUAGCAGCAGAGGAAGCAGCAGCACAAGAGAAACUGAAGAAUAUUUUGAAAGGGUUUAUGUUGCCGUGAAAAAAGGGAUCAAGGAGGGGAAAUCUACCCUGCUCUGGCUCCUACAGAACACUGACAGAGAGAGGAAGAAGAUUGUGAUCACUCAUGUUCACAUACCUGCAAACAUGAUUCCUUUGAUGGGGAGCAAGUUUCCUGCAAACGAGGUAAACCACCAGGUGGUCAAAGAAUACAGACAGCAUGAGUGGGAGAAGACGCACAAGCUUUUAGAUGAUUACACGACUGUGUGCUCAGAACUAAAGGUACAAGCUGAGAAGCUAGUGAUUGAGGCAGAAGAUGCUGCAAAAGGGCUCAUAGAACUUAUAACUCUGCAUGGUAUAGUCAAACUUGUGAUGGGGGCAGCAGCAGAUAAGCAAUUUUCAAGGAGAAUGAAAGUUCCCAAGUCGAAAACCGCAAUCACUGUGAGAAAGCAAGCUGAUCCAUCAUGCAACAUAUGGUUUGUUUGCAAAGGAACCCUAAUCUGCACAAGGGAGGCUCUUCUAGGCAUGUCUGAGAGGACACCGCCACCAACAACCACCAUGAACUCUUUGUCAAGCCAAUCGGAACUAUUGAUAUCAAGAUCAAUGCCUCUAGGGCACUCCGAGUCAAUGAGGUCCGAUGCCGAUCUUGUGCAUGAGCAUUACCUUUCCAGGCAUAGAUCAAAAUCCAAUAGCUUUGAUUCAUAUGGAGGAGAAUUUAUUGCUACAUUAUGCCAUCCUUUUUCAGUCAUUGAUGAAAUGAACAACCUGAGUUUAUUGUCGAUUGAUGAAAUGAACAACUCAAAUCAUCAAAUUUACAAGGAGUCUCUUAAGCGUCAGAAAGCAGAGAGGGAUGUGAUCGAGGCUCUAAGGAGGGCAAAAACAUAUGAGGAUUUAUAUGCCAAAGAGGUGAAUAGAAGGAAAGAGAUUGAAGAAGAACUUGCAACAGAAAAAUUGUUGGUCGAAAUGUUUAAGAAUCAGAACAGUGAAAUCUUGGAACAACUUCAGAAGACAAGUAAGCAAAAGCUAGAAUUGGAGCUCCGUAUUGCCGAUUAUGAUAACAUAUUUAAGGAUCUUAAAGAGAAACUCUUAGAAGCUCAACAUCUGCUCAGUGUGCUCCAGGGUGACUGUGAGAAAUUGCACCUGCAACGAGAUGCAGCACUCAAAGAGCUUGAGAAGUUACGGAGAAAUAAAGAAGCGGUCACUACAAGGAGAAAAGGAUCAAUCAACUUCACAGAAUUUUCCUUUGAGGAGAUUAAUCGAGCAACUUGCAGCUUUAGCAAUUCACUUAAGAUUGGAGAAGGUGGAUAUGGAAGUGUUUAUAUAGGUUUCCUUCGUCACACGACAGUUGCUAUAAAGGUGUUGGAUCGUAAAAGCAUGAAGGGGCAGCUAGAGUUCCAUCAGGAGGUUGAGGUUCUCAGUAGAAUAAGACACCCAAACCUAGUCACACUCAUCGGAGUAUGCUCACAAGCCCGGGCUCUCAUUUAUGAAUUUCUCCCCAAUGGAAGCUUAGAAGACCGUCUCGUCUGCAAAAACAACACACCCCCUCUCACGUGGCAAGUUCGAACUCGUGUUGCUUCCGAAAUCUGCUCGUCUCUAAUCUUCCUCCACUCCCACAAACCUCAACCAGUGGUUCAUGGAGAUCUGAGCCCCAAAAACAUACUUCUUGAUUCUAACCUCGUAAGCAAGCUCGGAGAUUUUGGUAUUUGCCAUCGCACCGAUCCAAAGGGAACAUUUGUGUAUAUGGAUCCUGAGUUCUUAAGCACUGGAGAGCUAACACCGAGCUCUGAUGUCUACUCUUUUGGUGUCAUUGUUUUAAGACUUUUGACGGGGAAACCAGCGUCGGAAAUUGUUAAGAAAGUGAAGGAAGCAUUAGAAAAGGGAGUUUUGGAUGGGAUUAUAGAUCCUACUGCAGGGGAUUGGCCUUUUGUGCAGGCUAAGCAACUGGCUCACUUAGGUUUGAGGUGUUGUGAGGUUAAUAGAAAGAACCGGCCGGAUUUGAUUGGAGACGUUUGGAGAGUGCUUGAGCCUAUGAUGAAGAUUACUUCUUUACCUGUGUCCUUAAAUUUGUGUGGUUCGGUUGUGGAGGGUAAUGUACCGGCACCGAACUAUUUCAUUUGCCCAAUAUUUCAGGAGAUCAUGAGAGAUCCACACAUUGCUGCUGAUGGAUUCACAUAUGAAGCUGAGGCAUUAAAGGGUUGGAUCGAAAGCGGGCACAAAACUUCUCCGAUGACGAAUCUAACGCUUUCUAAUUGCGAGCUUAUCCCAAACCAUGCUCUUAGAUCAGCUAUUCAAGAGUGGCUUCAGCUUCAUCCUCAGUUGUAGUAGUACUGGCCUUUCUUCCUUUUUGUUCAUUUUGUUCUACUGCAGAUAUUAGUUUGGUGAUGGAUUUUUGUGCUAUAUGCAUUGCAUAUCAGUUGCGUAUUCUAUAUAAAGUGUAACCCGAUUGUGUAUAUAAAGGGUUGCGAGAAAGGAAAUAUCAGUAGAA